AUGUCCAAUCUUACCUCCGUGUCUACAUUUCUGCUGUUGGGAUUCUCAGACAUUCGAGAACUACAGAUCUUGCACUUUUUUGUUUUCUUAUUGUUGUACUCGGUGGCAAUAAUGGGGAAUUUUCUCAUUAUUGUAGUAGUUGUCUUCGAUCACCACCUUCACACCCCCAUGUACUUCUUUCUCAUGAAUUUGGCCAUGAUGGACCUUGGAACAAUUUCUGUCAUGGUACCCAAAUCGAUGGCUAUUUCUCUUUUAAACAGCAGGUUCAUGUCUUAUUCUGGAUGUGUUGCUCAAGUCUUUUUUUCAUAUUUAUUUGGAACAUCAGAUCUUGCCCUCCUAACUAUAAUGGCACAUGACCGCAAUGUUGCUAUUUGCAACCCACUCCAAUAUGAGUUAAUUAUGAACAGAGGAGCCUGUAUACGGAUGGUAGCCAUUGUAUGGAUUAUCAGUCUUCUUAAUGCCACCCUACAUGCUGGUUGCACCUUUGCAAACACCUUCUGUUCUAAUGCUGUCAAUCAAUUCUUCUGUGAAAUCCCAAGGUUACUGAAGCUUUCCUGCACUGACUUUUACUUAGUUGAAGUUGGGUUUCUUGUGCUAGGAUGGAGUAUAGGGCUCUGUUGCUUCAUUUUCAUCAUCAUAACAUACAUUCAAAUCUUUUCUACAGUGCGUAGAAUCCCUUCUGUUCAUGGUCAGAAAAAGGCCCUUUCCACUUGCUUGCCUCACCUCAUGGUUGUCUCUGUGUUUAUGUUCACUGGAGUAUUUGCUUAUGCAAAGCCACCCACAGAUGCUGCUUCUAAUGUGGACAUAGCUUUUGCUGUGGUCUAUACCAUCAUUCCUCCCACAUUGAAUCCAUUCAUCUACAGUAUGAGAAACAAGGAAAUAAAAACUGCUAUGUGGAAACUCUUAGAUUAUGGGCAUUCUUCUAAAAAUAUAUUUUGA